AUGGCCGCCCCCACCACCAGCAUCCACCGGCUUUCCACUUCAGGCUCCGUCAAGGGCCUGUGUGUGCCCGGUUGGGGGUUUCUCUCGAUGUCUUCCAUCCGUGUUGGGGGUGCCUGCCGGCCCCCCAGCCUCCUGGGAGCCAGCAGCUCUGGCAACAUGUCUGUGUCCUCGUCCCGCUUCUCCGUGGGCAUGGGGGGCAGCUAUGGCAGGGGCUGCUCCUGCAGCCUGGGUGGGGGCUUUGGCUCCAGCUUUGGGGUGGCAGACGCCCUGCUGGGGGGCAGCGAGAAGGAGACCAUGCAGAACCUCAACGACCGCCUGGCCUCCUGCCUGGGCAAGGUGCGUGCUCUGGAGGAGUCUAAUGCCGACCUGGAGGUGAAGAUCCACGACUGGUACAAGAAGCAGGGCUCCAGACCCGCCCUCGACUACAGCCGCUACGUCAAGACCAUCGAGGACCUGUGGAGCAAGAUCCUGGCGGCCACCAUCGACAAUGCCAACUUGGUGCUGCAGAUUGAUAAUGCCCGCCUGGCAGCCGAUGACUUCCGUACCAAGUAUGAGAUGGAGCUGAACCUGCGCGUGAGCAUGGAGGCCGACAUCAACGGCUUGCGCAGGGUGCUGGACAAGCUGACCCUGGCCAGAGCCGACCUAGAGAUGCAGAUUGAAAACCUCAAGCAGGAGCUGGCCCACCUCCAGAAGAACCACGAGGAGGAAGUGAACGCCCUGCGAGGCCAGGUGGGUGGUGAGAUCAACGUGGAGACGGACGCCGUCCCCGCUGUGGACCUGGGCCGCAUCCUGAACGAGAUGCGCGACCAGUACGAGAAGCUUACGGAGAAGGGAUGCCGAGGACUGAACCGCGAGGCGGCCACCAGCACAGAGGCCCUGCCGAGCAGCUGCACGGAGAUCACGGAGCCACGCCGCACCGUGCAGAACCUGGAGAUCGAGCUGCGGUCCCAGCUCAGCGUGAAAGCGUCACUGGAGACCGAGGCGCACUACGGGGCCCAGCUGGCCCAGCUGCAGGGGCUUAGCAGCAGCAUCGAGGCCCAGCUGAGCGAGCUCCGCUGCGAGAUGGAGGGGCAGAACCAGGAGUACAAGAUGCUGCUGGACGUGAAGACACGGCUGGAGCAGGAGAUCGCCAUCUACUGCCGCCUGCUGGAGGGCCAGGACGCCCACCUGGUCACCCAGUACUCCUCGUCCCUGGUCUCUCAGCCCACCCGGGAAGCCGUGGUGACCACCCACCAGGUGUGUAUCAUUAUGGAGGAAGUCCAGGACGGCAAGGUGGUCCCCUCCCGCGAGCAGGUCCAUCGCUCCCCCCACUGA